UCUCACCAGAUGUGCAUGAAGGAGCGUCCUCUGUGCUGAUGUUCAUCUCACCGGCGACAUCUGGACGCGGAGACGUUUGAGGAGUCCCACCUGCACUCCAGCGUGUUCCGAGGAGGCUCCUGGAACUCCUUCUCUCAGCGCCGUCGCCAUGGAGGCUACGGCCAAGUUCGACUACGAAGCCUCGGCCGCAGAUGAGCUGAGCUUCAGAAAGGGAGAGCUGCUGGUGAUCCUGCAGUUCUCCGGGGAUUGGUUCAAGGCCCAGCACGGCAGACGUGAGGGGCUCGUGCCCAAGAACUUCAUCAGCAUUCACCUGCCCAGCUGGUACCAGGAGGACUCGAGCCGCCGGGACGCCCGGGACCAGCUGAUGGAGAAACCCGAGGGCUCCUUCCUCAUCCGGAGGAGCAAGGACGCCGCUCAGGGAAACUUCUCCAUCUCCGUCAGAUGUGAGGCAGAUGUGCAGCACUUCAAGGUGCUGCGGGACAGCAGGGGGCGAUAUUACCUCUGGAUGGAGAAGUUCCCGUCUCUCAACCAGCUGGUGGAAUAUUACAAAUACACCUCCAUCUCCAAAAAGAGCCCCAUAUUCCUCAAAGAGGAGAAGCAACAAAAACAACAACAACAACCACGACAACAACGACAACAACCACAACAACAACAACCACGACAACCACAACAACCACGACAACCACAACAACAACAACAACAACAACCACGACAACCACAACAACAACAACAACAACAACCACAACAACCACAACAACAACAACCACAGAGUCGUCGAGGCUCGGGCAGCUUACCCCGCCCCACGCCUCCCCCACCCUCCAACAGCCCCCCCACACCUCGACAGGUCAGAGCUGUGUACUGCUUCGCCGCCGAGGAGAAGGACGAGCUGGAGUUCGGGACCGGUGAUGUCAUCGAGGUGGUGGAGUGCUCCGACCCGACCUGGUGGAGAGGCCGGCUGGGGGGCCGAACCGGCCUGUUCCCCUCCAACUACACGGAGCCGCUCUGAGGAGGCGGAGCUCCGUCACUCGACAAUAAUAAAGACAUGAAAACAAACCUGCGGAUGAGAAUUAAUAUUAACACAUUGUGGAAUGUAACCUAGUACAUUUAUAUAAGUACUGCUCUUCAGUUUAGUUUAGAAGUACUUGUACCCCAUUGUACUUCUCAACUCCACCUCGGAGGGAACUACUGUACUAUCACCCCACGUCAUUAAUGUCUUUGAUGUACUUUUAACAAUG